AUGUGGUGGCAUACAAUUACAGAUUAUGCUGCGAAUUAUAAUCAUUACUCUCAAAAUCCUAAGCUUGCUCAACCUACAUCUAAUAGCCCUCCAGUUUCACAAUUGGAGGCACUUGAUGAUUUUGCCAUGGGACCAACUGAUUCUGGGAAAGGUACUCAGUCGAGCUUCAUGAAGGAUGAGUACUGUUUGUGCCAUUUGGUCACCGCCACCGGUGAUCUGUUGAGAGCUAGAGAGACAUCUUCUGUAUCGAGGAAGGAUGAAGAAGCUAUAGAGAAGCUUCAGGAGAUGCUCCAGAGGCAAGGAACUAAGCUUGAUAAGGUGCUCAAUUUUGCAGCAGAUGAAGCCAUUUUGGAGGAGAGGAUUACUGGUCGUCGGAUCCAUCCUCCAAGCGGUACGAUCUAUCACUCAAAAUUUGCACCUCCAAAGUGCAUGGCCGCGUUGAUGAUGGUUCAGGAUGAGUUAGAAUCGCUACUUACUGUUUAUGAUUCCCAUUCGUUUUGGCUUCUCCAUGUGUACGAGAAAUUAGUGGAGUUUCGUUUCUUCUUCUUCCCUGCUUCUCUUGACUGGAUCAAAGUUGGAAACGCCAAUAAUAGCCCAAGAAUGGCUCCAAGCACAACCCCACCAGACACAACGCUGAGCAAGAAGCUCUUAAGAGAUGGGGUCAGUCCAUUUCCAGCCGCCUCUGGAAUCACCGUGAAAGCUAUCAAUGCAGCUGCCGUUAUUGCUGUAACAGCCUUCUCCUUAAUAGAGGCUUCACCUUUAACAUUAGACUGUGAUUUUGAGUUAACGAUCACGGUCUUUAACGACUUCUUCACCUGUGAUAGUGGCUUGAAAAAUGCGUAG